AGUCGCUAAAAGCUCUUUUAGCGACAUUUGCAAGCAAAAUAAAGGACUUGGCUGUUACUCUUAGUAACAUUGUUCUCACUAUUGAGGUUUGCAAUACAAUGUUAUAGACUUAAAACAUGCAUAGUCAAUAAGCGAUCUGUUAUUCAUAAAGAACGCUGUGUUUUAAAUUUAUUUGUUAUCAGAGACAUUGAUAAUACUGAAAAUUAUUUUUACUUGAAUGUUAUCAUACUUUACUCAAACACAUCUGUUUAAACUGGUUGAAUCCCAUCUGCUUUGUUUUUAUUGUAUUUAAAGAUUAUGUUUUAAUGAAAGAAAUUAAAACCUAUUGCUAACAUCAAUGAUUGUUGUCAACCCAUAUUUGAGCUCAAGAAAGAAUAAACAAAAGAUCUUAACCUGAACUACACAUCUGUUUACUUCAAGAAGACUUGGUAAUGUAUUUAACAACAGGAAUUUUUGCUGAGCUUUACCACUGAUAUUUACUUGAGCUCGCUGUGAGAAAACUACUAUUUGUUCGUUGGAGUCUUUUCGUUAGCAGCAAAUAUGAAUCAAUUAUUUGUUGUUGUUAUUUCUCUCGUCCAGUUCAACCUGGCGUUACGUUUUGAAAGAAAAGGUGAUUUCACAAUUGGUGGUAUAUUCCCCUUAUCAACAGCAGAUGGCUCCGGAAAAUGCGCAGCUGUAAAUGCGAAAGGAAUUGCGUUAACAGAAGCCAUUGCAAAUGCUAUAGACAGAAUCAGUUCUGAUUCAACGUUUCAAAAUCUUUGGUCAACAACAAAAAUUGGAUUUGAUAUACGCGAUAGCUGUUCUGAUGUGAAUUUGGAACGUUCUGUUGCAUUUCAGAUGAGCAUGGAAGCCCUGAAUUAUCAACAUAACCGCUCCAAAGUAAAACCUGUCGACAUUGUUGCAUCAGAGUUUGGAAGACUUUCGUGUAAAAGUUUGCAUGUUUUAAGCAUCGAAGACAUUCCCAUGAUUAGUUACUCCGGCAACAAUUUGAGAUUGCGAAAAGAUAAGACAAUGCAAGCGACAGCUGUAGCCCUACUUGCAUCUGUUUAUCCAGAAAACGUGAUGAAAAUGGCAGCUGUUGCAGAUAUAAUUAAAAAAUAUAAAUUCCAGUAUGUCAACGUUAUUAUUUCGGAUGACUACCAAGGUAUUGAAGGUAUGAGCGUAUUAACGUCCCGCCUUGACAAAACAGGGUAUCAUGCCUCAAAAAUAUUAGUUUCUUUGCAAAAUGACAUUGAUGAUGCAGUGAAAACGAUUACUAAAAAUAAGCGUAUAAGUGUGAUUGUCGUACAUUGCACAAAAAUGCUUGAACUACUAUUUUACAAGAAAUUGUAUACUCAAAAUGUACGCGACUUGACCUUCAUUUCUACUCAAAAUUGGCAUCACUCACUGGACAUGCUAAGACCCUAUGCAUCUUUCUUGGACGGCAUGAUAUACAUUCAUUUUAACAAAGACAAUAAGGGAUUUAAAAGUUAUCUUAAAACACUAAGAAGACCGUAUACUGGAAAAGAUUGGAUAAAAAAGCUGUACUAUUUUCAUGGUGGAAGCGAGAGUUGUCUUGCUGGUGUAAACUUUACAACGAAAAAUUCAGCAACUCGAAAUUGUUUCGACGCCGAAAAUCAGGUGACAGACUCAUUAGUUCGUUUUGUCGAUACUUCAGUGUACGCAUUUGAUGCUGUGUAUGCGAUUGCUCAUGCUCUUAAAGAUAAAUUACAAUCACAAACACUUCUCAGUGCAUUGAAACAAACACAAUUCCAAAUACCAAUAUUACAAGAUGAAAUACGAUUCACAAAGCAAUUGACAGUUGCACCGAACGGAUUUACUUUAUACAAUCUGCAAGGCAACAAGCCUACAGCAGUGAAAACAAUAUGGGUGGGCUCAUGGGUUCAGAAUCCAAAACCACCACAGAAUACUAAUCUGCUGCUAACUAAAAGAGAUUUGAGAUGGAAAAAUAACAGCCUAACGGCACCAAUCUCAUCAUGUAGCGAAAUGUGUCAUCCUGGACUUUACCAAGUCCCACUCAAGAACGAAACACAUUGUUGGAACUGCUUCAGAUGUCCAAAUGGUACUGUCAGUAACAUAUCGAAUGCUAAAAGUUGCUUCGCGUGUCCAAAGGGAACAGUUAGUCAUCCGAAACAGAACCAAUGUGUUGUAUACAAAUUAAAAAGAUUUCACUGGUUUGGACCCGUUGGAGCAAUAAUUAUAGUAUUAAUUGUACUUGGUGUGGCAUGCACGCUGUUUGCUUUUGGGGUUGUCACUCAAAAGCGCAAUUAUGAACUGGUGGAAUUAUCUGGCUAUAAGUUGCUUUGCUUUUAUCUAAUUGGCUGUGUAACCUUGUUUCUGUCACCAAUACCAUUGUUGUCCGAACCAACUGUUAAUUCCUGUUCCUGUUAUAUCGGACUUUUUAACAUAGCCUUGACUAUCAUUUUUUCUGUUUUAAUAUCUCGCAGUCAGUUGGUAAAUGAUUUCUUUGACGAGGAAGGAAAUGUUAAAAAUGGAGCUUGUGGUAAAUACCCUCGUACAACGUGUAUUGUUGCUGUUAUAUCGAUCCAGUUAUUAAUACUUAUUACCGGGCUUGUAGCUGCUCCCCCUGAAACAUUGGCAAACGAAACGGAUGUGUGGAAUUUACGAUAUUUGGAGUGUUCGAGUUGGUCAAGCUACGUGUUUUGGAUUGCUUUGGGAUAUAAUAUUAUUCUCAGUAUUGUGGGUAACUUUUUGUCUUGCUCAUCCAAAAAGAUGGAAGAUACGUGUGAAGAGUUAAAGUAUAUCAUAAUCUCGUAUUGUUUUUUUUAUCUGAGUGGUUUGUUUGAAAUCGUUAUUUUCCAUCGUUACGUGGACAAGCAGUUAGCUGAAGCACAAUCAUUUAUGUGCAUAAUAUUUGGUUUUGCUUUCCUCUUUAUAUAUAUUUGGCCAAAAAUAUAUGUCAUUUUAUUUCGAUCACAAAAAGAUGGGAAAUCAAUUCAGAAGGCAUCGUUGUUGAGGCAAGAAGAAGAAUCGCUACAUAUUACAACCGCCAUUCACGCUUCGGCGGGUUUUCGCCAUCAUGGAGUGGUGCAAAUGCGAAUUAAGGAGAGUUUUGAUGACGAGUAGACACAACUUUUAAUUUUUAUUUAAAUAUUAUCUUUUUAAGCAAUAAAUAGAUUGAAGUUCUUGACAGCUAUUUAUAACUUCGUUUUUUUUAAGAUUUUUAUCUGAGAAAAUAUAACGAAGAUGUGCACACUAUA